GCACUCUGUUUUCCAUGAGAAUGCAGGAAUGCUGCUCUCUUUGCUUGUGAUUUCCUGUAGCGUGACAGAACUGUGUUAGUGAGUGUGUGUAUGCGAGCGUGUGUGUGUGUGUUCAGUGUGUGUGUUUAUCAGGGCGUCUCUCCUGUGUUCACUGAUUUCUUCACACUGUAACGUGUCUCACUGUGACUUCCUCAAAGCAACUGAUGUUACUCAAGAGAAUCAGAGGAACACACACACACACACAAACACUUGAUCUGUGCUGUUAAGAGGUUUCAGUUAGUUCUGCUAGUUAAAAAGCGGUGUGUGUGUGUGUGUGUUCAGUGUUGUGUGUGUUUGUGUGUGCUGUUGGUCACUAUGAUCAGUUUGUGUUGUGAUCGAGUGUGUUUGACCCUUGUGUUCGUAGUGCAUUAAGGGUGUGUGACAGAUGAGCACACCUGAGGAGAGUGUGAGAGGUCAGAUCUUCAUCUGUCCGUCUGUCUGUAACACACAUCUGUAUCCUGUCUCUCCAUCUUACACACAUCCAGAAAAACAUCAUUGUUUCAGUUCAGCUUAUCUCUGCUCUCCCAAAUAUCCUGUUUCUUCGAGCAGCGCGUCCAGAAGCAAUAGAAAGCUCUUCCUCCUGCAGGCUGACUUCACUUCCAGCUUUAGCACAAUCUCAUCCGCUCCGAACCGCGCUCUGCAGAACCCCGCACACACACACACACACACACACACACACACACGGCAGCGGCGCGAGGACGGCCGUCGUGCUCCAGCAUGGCCAGCACCAUCAAGGUCCUCUCCUGAUGUGUGUUCUGUGGUGAAGGGGAAGGGUUCUCCAGUGAUGUACAGCAGCUCUAUGGAGCCGAACACGUGGAGCAGCGAGCGCAGAGUGAUCGUUCCUGCAGAUCCGAGCCUGUGGUCAGCGGAUCAUGUUCGUCAGUGGCUGGAGUGGGCCGUGAAGGAGUAUGGGCUUCCUGAGGUGGACCUGUCUCUGUUCCACAGCAUCGACGGGAAGGAGCUCUGCAAGAUGAGCAAAGACGACGUCCAGCGUCUGACCAGCAGCUACACAGCUGACAUCCUGCUGUCUCACCUGCACUACCUCAGAGAGACUCCGCUUCCUCACUUGACCUCAGAUGAUGUUGACAAAGCCUUGCAAAACUCCCCGCGGUUAAUGCAUGCUCGCAAUACAGGAGGAGCCAGCUUCAUCUUCCCAAACGCCUCCGUCUUCCCUCCAGACGCCAGCAGAGCAGACAGCAGUCUCCACGGCCGGCGCUCCGGAUGGAGUCAGCCGGCGUCUGCAGCUAAAGUUCCUCAGAGUCCUGCUGCCAUCAUGAGCAAAACCCAAGAGCAGAGAGUCCAGCUAGAUCCGUAUCAGAUUUUAGGGCCGACGAGCAGCAGACUGGCCAAUCCAGGUUCGGGUCAGAUCCAGCUGUGGCAGUUCCUCCUGGAGCUUCUCUCCGACAGCUCGAACUCGUCCUGCAUCACGUGGGAAGGAACCAACGGCGAGUUCAAGAUGACGGAUCCGGACGAGGUGGCUCGGCGCUGGGGCGAGAGGAAGAGCAAGCCCAACAUGAACUACGACAAGCUGAGCCGAGCCCUGCGCUACUACUACGACAAGAACAUCAUGACCAAAGUGCACGGCAAACGCUACGCCUACAAGUUCGACUUCCACGGCAUCGCUCAGGCCCUGCAGCCGCAUCCGCCCGAGUCCUCCAUCUACAAGUACCCAGCCGAGCUGUCCUACAUGAGCUCGUACCCGCAGAAGAUGAGCUUCGUGUCUCCACACACUCCGGCCAUGAGCGUCUCCUCGCCGGGCUUCUUCAGCGCUCCGGGUCCGUACUGGAGCGCUCCGGUGCCGGGACUCUACAGCGGCCCUCGACACCCCCCCGCACACAUGCCCUCGCACCUGGGCUCCUACUACUAGAGUCCCACCACAUCUCCAGAACACACCUGACUGGAGAGAGAACAUCCACCACCCGCUCGCGGAGCCUGGAGUUUAGCAGGAGUGUGAAAGUGUUAAUGAUUAGUAAUAUGCAUUGCUAAGAACUUCAUCUGAACAACUUUAAAGAUGAUUUUCUCAAUAUUUCGAUUUUUUUGCUCCCUCAGAUUCCAGAUUUUCAAAUAGUUGUAUCUCAGACAAACAUUGUCCUCCGAACAAACCACACAUCACUGGAGAGAUCAUUUUUUAUGAUGUAUGUAUGAAUCUCAGUUUCAAGAAACCGACCCUGAUGACUGGUGCAGGGUCACGUAUGUUCAUGUGUGCCUUAAUGUACAAACAUAUCAGAGAGAGUUCAGAAGGUCUGAGAGAGAGAGAGAGAGAGAGAGAGAGGAAGACAGGACUGAGGUGUGAGAGAGGAGGAAGAAUUGUGGCCGUUCACGUGAAGGAUGAUAAUGUAAGGCUGGUUCAACGGUUAAUCACGAUUAUUGUGCUCCAAAAAUAUAAUCACUUAUUUGCAGUUUCAUAUGAGCACAGACCAGCAAGGUUUGCUUGCAGAUUUCAUCAAUACAGAUCGUGUUAAAGCAUCUUUACAGUAUUAAACAGGAAAAUAGUGUCAAUAAUACAGAAGGACAAGAGUAAACGCUCGGUUCUCCUCGGUCACAGACUGGCUGUGUUACACAGAAUAUCUGAAUAGAGAUCACUGAGAGAGCACAUGAGCAUGGCUGCUAGUUUGGGAGUAAAUUACAUUAACCACUAGGAUUGCAGAAUUGUUUUACUGCAGAAUUGGGCUACUUUUACAUUAGUGUAGUCUGUGGGUUAAAGUGAUCUCCCCGAAACACUAUUUGGACAGAAACUGGGGGGAAAAACGUGAUUGGGCUAGUUCUGAUUAGCAAUGAGGGUUUUUCCCACCGCAGACCUGGCAACCUUGUAAACCGCUGGGAUUGAUUUUAAAGGGAUACUCCACCGUGUUUUCAUAUUAAACUAUGUUUUUCCCUUACCUAAGACGAGUUG